GUGGGUUAUCGCCCGGAGGGGGAGUGGCUGCCGGCCCGGCGCCCUUUUCCCCGCGGCGGGAGCUGGGCCCCGGUGCCGCCGCUGCCAUGGGGACGCCCGCGGGCGCCGAGGACGCGCUGAGCUGCUACCGCUCGCCGCUGGUGUCGCGCUAUGCCGGCGCCGAGAUGGCCUUCGUCUUCAGCGAGAGGAACAAGUUCGGCACCUGGCGCCGCCUCUGGCUCUUCCUCGCCCAGGCGGAGAAGUCACUCGGGCUUCCCAUCACAGAUGAGCAGAUACAGGAGAUGGAAGCAAAUCUGGACAACAUUGACUUCAAGAUGGCAGCGGAGGAAGAGAAGAGGCUGCGCCAUGACGUGAUGGCACACGUUCACACCUUUGCCCACUGCUGUCCGAAAGCUGCAGCCAUCAUUCACCUUGGAGCAACUUCCUGUUAUGUCGGGGACAAUACGGAUCUGAUCGUCCUCCGUGAUGGACUUAACCUGCUGCUACCCCAGCUCGCAAGGGUGAUCAGCCGGCUGGCCGAAUUUGCUGAGAAAUAUGCUGACCUGCCUACCUUGGGCUUCACUCACUACCAACCUGCACAGCUCACCACCGUGGGGAAACGCUGCUGCUUGUGGAUCCAGGACUUGUGCAUGGACCUGCAGAACCUGGAGCGGGCUCGGGACAACCUGCGCUUUCGGGGUGUGAAAGGCACCACUGGCACACAAGCCAGCUUCCUGCAGCUCUUUGAGGGAGACCACAGUAAAGUUGAAGAGCUGGACAGAUUAGUGACUGAAAAGGCAGGAUUUAAGCGAUCUUAUAUGGUCACGGGGCAGACCUACAGUCGCAAGGUGGAUAUUGAAGUCCUCUCUGUACUGGCCAGCCUGGGAGCGUCUGUACACAAGAUUUGUACUGACAUUCGUCUUUUGGCCAACCUGAAGGAGAUAGAGGAGCCUUUUGAGAAGGACCAGAUUGGUUCAAGUGCUAUGCCUUACAAGAGGAAUCCAAUGCGUUCAGAACGGUGCUGCAGCCUGGCUCGACACCUGAUGACUCUGAUCAUGGAUCCCCUCCAAACAGCUUCUGUGCAGUGGUUCGAGCGAACGCUGGAUGACAGUGCUAACAGGCGUGUGUGCCUGGCUGAGGCCUUUCUCACGGCUGACAUCAUUCUGAGUACGCUGCAGAAUAUCUCCGAGGGACUUGUGGUAUAUCCAAAGGUGAUUGACAGAAGGAUCCGGCAGGAGCUUCCAUUCAUGGCCACAGAGAAUAUAAUCAUGGCGAUGGUGAAAGCAGGAGGCAAUCGUCAGGAUUGCCACGAGAAGAUCCGUGUUCUCUCCCAGCAAGCAGCUGCUGUUGUGAAACAGGAAGGCGGUGAUAAUGACUUCAUUGCCCGUGUCCGUGCUGAUCCUUACUUCAGCCCCAUCCAUAAACAACUUGAUAGCCUUCUGGAUCCCUCCUCUUUCAUUGGACGUGCUCCUCAGCAGGUGGCAAAGUUCCUGAAGGAGGAGGUUCGACCAGCACUGAUCCCAUACCAAAGCAAGAUGGGUGGGAAAAUUGAGUUGACACUUUAGGCACUUUUUUGGCAAGGCUGUGGGUACAGGAAGAUAAUAAAAACUGUAUUGAGCCA